UUUUUUUGUGGUUGACAAACUAACAGUGCCAUGACGUAAAUAACACAUCAUGGCUCAAAAUAAAAGCAACACAGUCGUAUUGCAUGCACAGUUCAUCUGUGCUCAUGACUGACGUACCGCGGGCCGGACGGGAAUGUCCAAAGGGCCGUAUGCGGCCCGCGGGCCGUAAAAUGCCCAGGUCUGUUGUAUACUAAAGUUUCCUUAACCCUGAUGUAAACCAUACUAAUAAUAAGGGAGUAAAAAAAGACUUUUAAUACCAUCUGAUCUGCAUAGACCUCAGCCCCAGAGCAGCCCACUCCAGACGCUCACUUCUACUCGAGUUCAAAGUGCUGAAAACAAAGCGUGAUAAAACAUGUUCUUGCACAACUGGUUCGCUAUUGACAAAAAGAUAAGCUCAUGUGAACUGAAAGUCAUGCUGAACAGGACAGCGCGCAGAACUUCACGACAGUAACGUGAUAAAAAUCUGAUGCUGUUAAAUAAACCAUAAAAUUGCAUUUCUCAGUUAAAAGUGUUGACCCAGUUGAGAAUUUAUACAUCAGUGCACAUGAGUGCAUUCAGGCUGCAGCAACUGAAGGGUCACAUUUUGCCUGCAAAUAAGAUCACAUCAAUGGCUGGCUCACCUAGUCCUCUGACCACUCAUGUGCUGAACAUUGCAAUGGGAACCCCUGGGUCAAACAUGGCUCUCAGCCUUUAUCAGCAAGACCCCUCGACUAGUGCUUGGGAUUUGAUAACCACUGGAACUACUAACAAUGAUGGACGUUGCCCAGGACUUAUCACACAGCAACUGUUUACACCUGGUGUGUACAAACUACAUUUUGACACUGCUCAGUAUUGGGCUAGUAUGGGAGAGACUUCAUUUUACCCCUAUGUUGAGCACAUACAGAGGGAGCUAGAAAUCAAGUGUGAUGAACCUAUCCACUGUCUAACACAUCGGAGGAAGAGGCAACCCCAGCAACAACAAUGCUCCAUUUGAAAGAUUAAUGUUGUCUGGCAAUAAAUGAUCCAUAGGCUUAUA